ACAAACCUGUUUAUCAUCCUGAGAGGACCGCAGGACUGGGAGGAAUCGGCAGAAACACAGAAAGGCAACACAUCUACCCGAAAGAGCUCCCAUAAAAAUCAAGCAUUAAGAAGCUGCUUAAACGGUCCACCAUGGGUGAAGUCCACAUGCCAGAUCCAGUGUGCCUGAUAAAGAACCAGGAUGAAGACACUCUAGUCAUCAAUGACGAAGCUAUACAGAUUCUUAAUUCCAUCUCGCAGCCUGUUGUCGUCGUGGCGAUUGUUGGAAGAUACAGAACCGGAAAAUCCUAUCUAAUGAAUAAAUUGGCUGGAAAAUGUAGUGGAUUUGCUCUCGGAGCGACAGUUCAGUCCAAGACUAAAGGGAUCUGGAUGUGGUGUAUUCUUCACCCAACAAAACCCAACCAUACCCUUGUGCUGCUGGAUACAGAGGGAUUGGGGGAUGUGGAAAAGGGGGACAGUAAUAAUGAUGCCUGGAUCUUCUCUCUUGCCAUUCUGUUAAGCAGCACCCUAGUGUAUAACAGUGUUACUACGAUUGAUCAAGACAGUCUGGAUAAGCUACAUUAUGUGACGGAACUCACAGAGCUGAUAAAGGUAAAAUCAACAAAUGAUUUGUCAGCAACAAAUGAAGAGGAAGAGGAAGACGAAUCCGCAGAUUUUAAGAAGUUCUUCCCUAAUUUCAUAUGGUGCGUCCGGGACUUCUUUUUGAAGCUGGAAAUGGACAACAAAGUAAUCACGGAAGAUGAGUAUCUUCACAAUGCCCUGAGACUCAAACAAGGAUGUUCAAAAAGUAAAGCACAAUACAAUCGUCCCCGGGAAUGCAUCCUCCAUUAUUUCCACGCGCACAAGUGUUUUGCGUUCGAGAGACCCGCGUAUGAAACAGACCUGCAGCGUCUGGAGGAGUUGACCGAGUCUCAGCUAUCUCCCAGCUUUCUACACAAAGCCAAGCAAUUUUGUGAAUUUGUCUACGAGACGAGCAAAGUCAAACGCUUGCAAGGAGGACAUAGUGUUACAGGAAGGAUGCUGGGGUCUCUUGCCACCUCUUACGUGGAAUCCAUAAAGAAUGGCUCCAUUCCCUGCAUGGAGAAUGCAGUUCUGUCUCUGGCAACAGUCGAAAAUACAGCAGCUACUAAGGAAGGUCUGUCCAUCUACAUGGAUAAAAUGAGCCAGGGAGAUAUUGUGUUUCCCAUGGAGCAAGAAGACUUCUUGAAGCUUCACAGUGAUUGUGAAAACAUGGCUGUGGAAGCCUUCCUAAAGAGGUCUUUCAAGGAUGAUAAGCGAGAAUAUCAGACAAAGCUCAUGAUUGACCUAAAUCAGAAAUUUAAUGAAUUCCGUAGUACCAAUGAAGAAGCUUCCAUCAAAAAGUGCAAAGAUAUUAUUCAGGAACUCGAUGCUAGUCUAGAGCAAAAAAUAAAGAAUGGCGACUUCUCUAAGCCUGGGGGACAUAAAGAGUUUGUUGCUGAGAAGCAGAGAAUACUGAACAGCUAUGAGAACAUCCCCGCAAAAGGAGUAAAGGCCAAAGAGGUCCUAGAAGAAUUUCUGAAGAACAUGGACAGCAUUGAAAAAUCUAUCCUGAGUACGGACAGCUGUUUGUCUAAAAUUGACAAGGAAAGAGAAUUGGAAAAGAUGAGGAAUGAGGCUCUCGCGUACAAACUGCAGUUGGAAACUGAGGAAAGAGAGCGUUUACAACAAAUACAAGGGGAGCAAAAGAAGAAUCUUGAGGCUCAACUCCAGAUGCUGAUGAAAAAACUGGAGAAUGAGAGAUCAGAAAUGAAGAGAGAAUUUGAGUGGGUGAUUGACCAGAAACAGAAGGAAAAGGAUAUUUGGAUGAGUCAAGGUUUCAAGAACAAGGCGGGCAUGUUGGACCUGCAGAUUGAGGAUCUGGAAAAAAAGAAAGCUGAGACGGGAAUGAUAGAUAUAGUAAUGAAUGGAGUCGGCCUUCUCGCAGACGCAGCAUCUCUUGUGUUACCUGGAGUAUGUGGAAAAGUCGCCAAAGGGGCCGCCAUUCUGUUGAACCGUUUUUUUUAAAUAGACCAUCUUUCUGGAGUACAAAGGGACCUGUUAACCAAGAACCAGCAGACGCAAUCAGUUUUACCGGACAAGAAUCAGCAAGACAUGUUAACUCGUUCUAGAAUUGGUGCAAGAAAGCAACAUAUUUAAAAUGAUUAAACAUAUUAAAAAUAUCUUAUUUCGAAAACUCUUUUUUAAUACACAACAUAUGGGCGGUUUUUCCUGUACAUUUUUCUUAAUUCAUAUUAAAUAUCGCAUUCCAUGAGUAGAAACUGACUUCCAAAAA